UGGGUGCCUCUGCAUGCUCUAGCAACAUACUGCUCAGCUGAAGGGAAGGGAUUCUUGCUGUCUCUCUCUGCUCUAAGCAUCACCUAACAAGCAAAGCGAACAAAGAAUGGGAAAUAAAGCGACCCUUAGCCGGUCUGUGAAUGAAUGGUAACCUCUCUCUGGAGUAAAGGUUGUGCCGGUCCAUGGUCGUUGCAAAUGAUGGACAUUAAACAGAUUGACAAAUCCUGUGGAGUCGUUAGUAAAGAGUUUGGAGUUUUUUUCACGCCACAGUGUUAACUGCAGAGGAAAGGACAGAGGGAGAAGGAGAAGAUCAAGCUCAUGUACAUAGUUCUGAAACUUGCAGGUCCUAGGAGGCAGCUCAAAAGCUAGCUGGACAAGCCUUUCGCUCGUUGAGCAGAAGCGAAGUGAGACAUUGUGAGCUUGCCAGCCUUGCACAACAUUGAAAGGGACUGAAUUUGUAGCACAGAGGGGUCUUUUUUAGCUCUGCAUAUAAUUAGUCCAAACACAAAGGAAGCAACUGAAUGGAGGUUGUCACUCUCUGGAAAAGGGUGGGUAAGACACUUUUUAAUUAAAUUCUUUCAUGAAGAAAGAUUUUUUUUUUUCCUUUGCUGCAGCAUUUAAGAUGAACAAAAUCACUAUCAUUUUACCUUUGAAUGUCUGUGAACUUUAAUGCUGCACAGCUCCUGCAUGCUGUAAAGUGAAAUAUUUGCCUCUGUGUUUGUUCUGUUUGCUGUUUUGCUUUGGUUUUCGGGCUUUGUUUCGUUGGUUUGCCUUUUUUUUUUUUUCCUCCUCUCCCUUAAAUAAAAUAUGAUGUAGAAUUUGAAAAGACUCAAUGGACAUUCUCAAGCAUAUUUGGAAAUAUUCUUGCUAAUGGAUUUCCUUCUUAUUGGUCUCUGUUUAAACUGGCUGCUGAGGAAGCCCCCGGGGUUGAUAUUGUGUACGCUGGGUAUCUUUUCUAAAAUGCUUCCAGCUGUGAAUAGUGGGUGUCCACAGCUCUGUCGGUGUGAGGGCAGGCUUUUGUACUGUGAAUCACUGAAUCUCACAGAGAUGCCUCGCAACCUGUCGGGCAUGAUGGGCUUGUCUCUGCGGUACAACAGCCUUUCAGAGCUGCAUGAUGGACAGUUCACAGGGUUAAUGCAGCUCACGUGGCUCUAUCUGGAUCACAAUCACAUUUGCUCAGUGGAGGGGAAUGCCUUUCAAAAAUUGCGGCGAGUUAAAGAGCUCACCCUGAGUUCCAACAAAAUAACCCAACUGCCCAACACCACCUUCCGCCCCAUGCCAAACUUGCGCAGUGUGGAUUUAUCAUACAACAACCUGCAGUCUUUGGAGCCUGACCUGUUCCACGGGCUGAGAAAACUGACAACUUUGCACAUGCGGUCGAACGCCAUCAAGUUCGUGCCGGUGAGAAUUUUUCAGGACUGUCGCAGCCUGAAGUUUCUAGACAUAGGAUACAAUCAGUUAAAGAGCCUGGCUCGAAACUCUUUCGCUGGCUUGUUCAAACUCACUGAGCUGCACCUUGAGCACAAUGACUUGGUGAAAGUGAAUUUAGCCCAUUUUCCCAGGCUCAUCUCCCUGCACUCCCUCUGCUUGCGAAGGAAUAAAGUUACCAUCGUAGUAAACACUUUGGACUGGAUAUGGCAACUCGAAAAGAUGGAUCUCUCCGGCAACGAAAUCGAAUACAUCGAACCUCACGUUUUCGAAAGUGUACCUCAUCUCAAAUCCCUGCAGCUGGACUCCAACCGGCUGACCUACAUCGACUCCCGAGUCCUGGACUCCUGGAAGUCCCUCACAAGCAUCAGCCUCUCUGCCAACGCCUGGGAUUGCAGCCGGAACGUCUGCGCCCUGGCCUCCUGGCUCAGCAACUUCCAGGGUCGCUACGACAGCAACCUGCUCUGUGCCACCCCCGAGUACGCCCAGGGAGAGGAUGUUUUGGACGCCGUGUACGCCUUCCACUUGUGCGAGGACGCCGACCCCACGAGCGUCAACACCUUCUCCCCGGUGACCAACAACAGCGAGCAGACGCUGGGCUACGGCUCGGCCACCGCCACCUACGACGCGCCCGACGGCGACGAGGACCGGACCACGUACGCCGUCACCAUCACCAUGCCCGGCGAGAACUCCGAGAACGCCGUGCAGAUUCACAAGGUGGUGACGGGCACCAUGGCACUGAUUUUUUCCUUCCUCAUCGUGGUUUUGGUGUUGUAUGUCUCCUGGAAGUGCUUCCCAGCCGGCUUAAGGCAACUAAGACAGUGCUUUGUCACACAGCGCAGGAAGCAGAAGCAAAAACAGACCAUGCACCAAAUGGCUGCCAUGUCAGCCCAGGAGUAUUAUGUUGAUUACAAACCCAACCACAUUGAGGGAGCCCUGGUGAUCAUUAAUGAGUAUGGAUCUUGCUCCUGUCACCAGCAGCCAGCGAGGGAAUGCGAGGUGUGAUUUUCCUUUGGGAUUUAAACAGUGUGCAACCAAAUAACAGCGUGCAGGCAGACAGUGGCACGGGGUGGGGGGGGGUGCUGGGCUUUGCUGGUGAUUUCUGACGUGCACCCCUGCCCAGAUUGUUUAAGAGGGGCUGUCCAAAAGACUUGAUAUUUUAGCUUUAUCGUGUCUUAAAAACCUUCAGGACAGCCAAUCUUAAGGUUUCAUAUGCUAAUACUCCCUUUGAAGAUCUGCCAAUAUUCAGGAAUAUGAGAGUGUAAAAAAGGUACCAAUUAUUGCUCUUUUGUAAACUAAGGAAACUGUUUAAAAUAAAAAAAAAUAGCAUUUACAGUUUUUACAGACUGGUGUAUAUUACAUGAAUGGUUCCCUGUAUACAAAAAUGCAACAGUUUAACCUCUCUCUUCAUGCUGAGUGUUGAAAUGAAAAGUCUAGGAGCAAAGAAGCCACGUAAAACAGAAAGCUAUAAAUGACCCAGGUGGCUUCCCAUUGUAAUUAGCACACAUUCACCUACAUCAUGUGGCUGAAGAUAUGAAGCAUGACACUGGAAUUCUAUUUUUGUUAAUGUGCUACCUGUAACUGGAUGUCAGUACAACAAGGAGCCAGAGCACCUCAGAAAGGCUGAAGUUUUGACUGUGUCACUAGGACAGGAUUUCUGAGGAUUUUUAAGAACAGCUCUCUUGUUAGUUGCUGUAAGAUCCAUCAAAACUGCAUUAUAGCCCCUAAAAAGUAUUUUGUAUCAAAACUGAUGAUAUUGUGAGGACUCACUAACAAAAAACAACCAUCAAAACCCAAACAAGUGAAACACUGCCAAAAUGUGCUCAUCAGAAUUUCCUUUAAUAUUAAAAACCAACCAAACAAACAAAAAAGCUAAAUUUAAGGGUUUUUACUUGCAUUUUGCUUGUUUUGAGCUAUGCCAAGAGCAAAGACCCCCUCAUUUCGUGUGUGUGGUGCCAUGGUGAAGGGAGAAGAGCAAAAGCAAUUAUUUGGGUCUCAGUGGUGAAACUCAAGAGCAAAACCACUGUCAGGGUAGGACAGAGAGUUGUCAGAGCACCCGAGCACACGAGCCCAGCUCGUGUCCCUCCCUUCCACUAACAAAACAACCCCAAAAGCUCUGCAGAGGCUGGAGGCAGAUGUACCCUCCUUACCAAGGACUGAAAAAUGG